AUGGCUCUUUUCUCUGUGAUAUGUACUCCUGCUUGUGAAGUUUUUGCUAAACAAAACAAGAAAACAGCAUUCCAUAGAGGUUAAAUUUUGGCAGUUAUUCCCUUGAUUUUUACUAAGGUGUAUUACUCCGAAAAUUUAGAAAAGAUUUUUACUCUGAAUUUAAAGCAGUUAAUGAUGAUUUUGGAAGAAGUUUCCGUAUUUUGAUACCGAUUUUGCCAACAAACUUGUUUUAUUACAUUAAUUGUUCAAAUUGCACAAAACGUUUUUAUUACUUUUAUAUUUUUCAGUUCGUACUUCGGGCUUGUAAUAUAACAUUUUAUGAACGUUUUAUUAUAAUGGUACAUGCAUGCAACGUAAAAUUAAUCUCCUUCAGUUUGUGCACGCAUGUGCAACGGUGUCGCAAUAUGUUAUAGUUAUACCAUUGCAACUUGCAUAUUGCAAACCCGCCGUAAAAUUUGGAUUAGAAUCAGAAUAAGCUUGGACCGAAUUAGAUUAAGAUAUUGAAAUUGGUUUGUCUAACACGCUGUUCUUUCUCUUAACUACUUCAGUGUUGUUUCAAGGAGACAUUGCAUUUGAUGCUCGUAACAAACAUCAGACGAACGACAACAUUCAUGAGGGCAAAGCACCACGGGAAUUAAUCACUGGUACUGAAAACCACUGGCCCAAAAUUGGGGAUAAAGUUCAUGUUCCAUAUGUCAUUGAAGGAAUAGGUAUGUUCACAGGUUAUGUUCUGCAUGGUUAUUAGACAAAACGUUUGUUCGUAGGAACUAUAGUAUAGGGAUGCAACUAAGUUAUACCUGAAAAAUACAAUGAGAAAUUCGACGUUUCAAGCUAUAAUUUCUCCUUGACGUCUUCUUCAUGUAUAGUACCCCUGAAAAGUAUCAGUAACCGAAUUAGAUAACAACACCAUUCACAUACUCCUCAUUCUCCAGGAAAUAAUAUGCGCUCCUUGGUAAAUGAUGCAAUAAAAGUUUUUCAGAGAUUGACAUGCUUAAAGUUUAUGCCAAGAACAGAUGAAAAGGACUACAUUGCAUUCACAGAUAAAGACGGGUAUUAAUAUCAAGUAUUUUAAUGUUAUCUAUAUUGUUUCGUUAAUGUCAACAUGCACAAACUGGUAACGAACCCCCUCACACUAAAAAGUAAGGCUCGCUAACAUUAUAGGAAAAUUUACCGCAUAUGUUUUUACAUUUAAUAAAUAUAAAACAUUUUCCGUGUUGAUAUACAGUUAUAUCAAGAUUGGGAAAACGAGAAAUUGUGUGGAAACACGACGCCCAGAGGGCGGAGUGUUUUCACACAAUUUCUAAAAACACAAGCGCGCAAUAACUCGAUAUAGAAACACGGGGAAUUUUCACGCGGGUUGCGCAGGAGUUUAAAAGACAAAAUACAAACAAUAUUUAAUAUUGAAAAAAAGUUUGAAAACGUCCGAAAACGCAGAAGAAUAGUCGCAAAAAAGGCAACGCUUGCUAAUUACUUAGAAAGCAAAGACCUAAAGCACAAAGCACAUAGUAUAAUACAACAUACGUUGUACAUGUUUGACUGUUUACCAAGGUAAGAUAUUCGUGUGAAUGUUUCCACGCAAUUUCUCGUUUCUUCCAAACUUCCACGCGUGUUUCUAUAACUCUAUAGAAACACGAAAAAUGUUUUCUAUUUCUUAAUUAUAAAUGUUUAAUGUAAUAUGAAACGUGCAUGCAGGUGCGGUGGCUAGCUCCCACACCUCUAAACUAACUUUGAGAGCGAUCUCGUAGUAAUAAUGAUGACCAUUACUCAUUAGCUUUUUGAAGUUGUCCGUAUAUAAAGAAGUUAUAAAGAAGAUUGAAUGUUGUCACUAUUAUAAUCAUUAAAGAUCAUUGCAAGAAAUAGUGCAUUGCAUUGGCAAGGAAAACUAACCACGCAUUUUCCCAAAGUACAAUGUUUCAAAAACUCACGAACACUUUUGACACUUCAUGCAUAACACAUACUUAUGAGUUUGGAGAGUGGGGGUUAAACAAUAUCCAUUACUAUCCGUUCAAAGCACUCUACAAUCAUUUUAAAAAAUUGUUGAGACACUUGCGGUUUUAGAACAUCAGUGCAUGGAUAUCUGCAAAUUCAAUUACAAACAUUUAUAUCUCCCUCCAGCCUAGACCUAGGCCUUCUAGUCUUAUUUAUAUUUUUUAGUAUUCAGCGGUUUUUCACAUGAAAAGACUGGGACUAGGUGAUUUGGGGGCGGGGCGGAGGAUUGCGUCAGGCUUGUGUCCUUCCUCCGCCCCGCCCCCAAAUUACCUAGUCCCAGUCUUUUCAUGUGAAAAAGCGCUGAAUAUUAAAAAAUAUAAAUAAAAAUAGAAGGCCUAGGUCUAGGCUGAUCUCCCUCCACAUUCAAUGUUGUUUACCCGAUCACACACGAAAGUAAGAUGCUAACUAAGACUCAACAUUGAAAGAUGGGCGGUGGGGAUGGAAGUUUGACAAAAUGAUAGGUAGCUAGUUAGUAGUUAGGGCAUCUGUCCCAACACAUUUGAAAACGAUUGUAGCUAGACCGUACGCAGGAUGUUUUCACCAGGGGGCAGUAAGCCCUAUAUGCCGAAAAAAGUUCCAAAAAGAAUAUCCAAAGAAUAAUUAAUGACAUUCUAAAAAUAUAGUUUUCUCUAGCCCCCCCCCCCCUGUGUACGGCCCUUUAUGGAUAUACCAAUAGUUUCAUUAAUUAGCAAAAAUGAAAGAGUAGUUAGUAGUGUCGAUAAACAUAUGCAGUGAUAAUCAACUACAAAACAUAUACAGGGGCAAAAAACGACAUUUGAUGCAUUAAAAUGUAUAAAAUGAAUUACUCAUAUUUACUUUUAUUAGCUGUUAUUCCUUUAUUGGAAGAGAAGGCGGACGGCAAGAUUUAUCACUUGGUCAAGGAUGUGGUUCACUUGGCACAGUACUGCAUGAAAUAAUGCACGCUUUGGGCUUCCUUCAUGAGCAAAGUAGACCUGACAGAGACAAAUAUGUCAAGAUCCUUUUUGACAACAUAGAAACAGGUAAUGUACAGCAAUAACCGACUCUUUUACAAACCUCAAAAUUCAGGCAUUGCCAAUGACUACCGAACAAUAUUCCCAAGGCCUGAUGGCCGAUUAAGAAAAUCUUGCUUACUAUUGAAUCCAGAAUACUGUUGAAUGUUGAAGUUUGGUACAUUAGUAUAGGCCAUUAAAUAUAAAGUUCUAUUCAAGGAUAAUUUAAUUUAUUUAAACGUCGAUUUCAAGCAAAUAUGUCACAGUAUUAGGCCGCAAAAAAAAGAAAAGUUGGUUAGCGUCCUCGCCCGCCCACAAAAAGGCCCCGCUCAGGAUUUUUUAAAAUUUUUUAUUUAAAAAAAACCCAACUUUUAUUGAUCAGUGGGCUCUAAUAUAUGUAGUAUUUCUGUUGACUGUAGUCAAUUGUGUUAAUAAAUUGCGUGCGAAAAUGACGGUAUGAAUCAUAUUUUGAAUAUAUAAAAAAAAUAUCUGUCCUGCGCAAGACUUGAAAUCCAGUUUCGGACCUAAAACCAAGGCGUUAAAAAUGAGUAAAAAUUAAAAAAAAAGCGCCCGCCCGCCCGCCCACUUUUUGGCAAAAGCUAAGGACGCUAACCAACUAUUCAGUUUUUUAUGUGGCCUUAAGCCUAUUGAAACAUGAUUGAGAUUACCUACCUCACUCUAUAUAACCUUCACCUUGUAACGUCCGAUGUUGGAAUAAUAAGUUGGAGAGUUUCCAAGAUUCACAUUUUUUAUGCUAUAAAAAUACAUAUAUUCGUCCUCUUCAUUUUUAGACAAUAAACCUCAAUUCGAUAUAACUAAGAAUGGUUUAAUGGACACAGCAGAUGAGCCUUACGACCUGAAUUCCUUGAUGCAUUACAAGAACAGAGAGUUUUCAAAGAAUGGACUCAACACAAUCCAAUCCAAAACAGACCCAAACUUAAAACUUGGAAAUGACUUUUUGUCCAAAGUGGAUGUUCUUCAAGUCAACAAACUUCUUGAUUGUUCCACUCGAUAUUGGGAUGGUAUAGAAUUUUUUAUUUUAUAUAUCAGUAGAUAAUAUACAUAGCCUAGUUGGCUUGAAAAUAUUUCGACCUUAAUAUGACUGGAAAGAAGUAACAUACCUUGUUCAUGUUGGCACUAAUAUUGACCUCUACUAUUUGUAAUUAAAAUAAUUCUGCAUUAUUUUCUCUUUUUGAACUUCUUGAUCAUUGUUAUCUGAUCUCUAUCCCUUAGACUAUGUGAUCUAACCCAGCAAUUGGGUAACUAUAAUUAAUAUAGUUUGAUUUGAUGCUGUGUACAAAAUGACUAGGGGAAAACAGAUUUCUUUGAAGGAUUGUUAUGCCAGUCAUAAUUAAUUUAUGAUUGUUACUGUCCAGUUAAAAAUAAAGAUUAUAAAAUAUAGAAAAAUAUUGCUAGUUUUGUCUUUUUUUGCAGUGACAGAAUAUUCCAUAACCGUGUAUACAUCAAAUAUGUGGUGGGCAGGAACCGACGCAAAUGUGUUUUUAGAGUUAAGAAGCAAUAAUGGUGAUAGCAGUGGGGAAUUUCAACUACAUGGUGGAUUUGAAGCUGGGGAGUAAGUAUUUCUAUUUUUUGUUAAAAUGGUGCCAAAUAUGGAAACUGAUACGCGCGGGUGCAGUAUUCGUCAUCUUAUCCCGUUUCCACGCCUCCACUUGAAAGUGCUAUUGUUGCGUUUUCAAAAGCUCCAGUCAGGACCUUGCAUUUCCGGUAAGCAUUAUAUACGUAUGGACAGAAGAGUCCACAAUUAACUAAUACAUGUUUCCAAAUGUCCAUGCAUAUUCAAAAGAUAUAUAGAACAAGGCUUUAGUUUGCUAUCGGAGUUGUAGCUAUAUAUAUAUAUAUAUAUAUAUAUAUAUAUAUAUAUAUAUAUAUAUAUAUAUAUAUAUAUAUAUAUAUAUAUAUAUAUAUAUAUAUAUAUAUAUAUAUUUCCAGUCAAAGUGUGGCUGGUGCAGGGAGGUAUGAAUGGGCGUUAUUGUUAUUGGUAUAGAUCUAUAGAUUAUAAUUAUAUAGUAAUGUUUGUAUAGAGAUGCCCAAAGCAUCUUACGCAUGGCAGGUUAUUGGCAGCCGGGACAGCUUCCCCUCCCUGACCCCGUUUGAGUACUUCAUGUAUGCAGCAGGCAAUUUCGUCCGUCUCCUGAAACGUCCUUGCACGAAAAAAUCUUAAUUUAACGGUUGGGAGUUCUCAGUUGUAUGUACUGUACAACUUUACACUUUUCCUUUAUCAGAACAGAUAUCAGUUCAAACAUUAUUGCAACACGUCUCGACUUCCCAAGUAUAUUGAACGUCCGCCACGACAACAGUGGGUAUUUAUCAGCAUGGCAUUUGAAAAAGGUAAUAUAGUUAUUGUCCAUAUUUUUACAUGCACUUUCCUUCUUAACGUUAUCUUGGCCGGAAGCUGCACACCGUCAGUUAUAUACAGUAUAGCUAUAGGCACAGAAUAAGGUACACAGAAGGCCGACUUCUUGUUUUUUCCUAUGAUUUUCCUAUGAUUUUGGCGUAACCCGUAAUUCGUCUUCAAAUGCUGACGCCAUGGUCGCAGCCAGUGCGCGUUUGAGAGGCAUUAACCCCCCUGAUAUUAUUCAAAAUAGCGGUCGUCCAGGGGGGAAUGCCUCUCAAACGCGCACUGGCUAGGACCAUGGCGUCAGCAUUUUGAUGAUGAAUCAUGGCGUGGCAGCGGUUAUUCGAGUCGACCUUCUGUGUGCCUUAUUCUGUGGUAUAGGUACGUCACCACAGACUCACAGCGCUUGUCUUAGCACUAGCUCCAUCAUAGGUUCAAGACAAUAAUUGUCUCAGCCUUGAAAAUGAAAUAUAUCUUGAACUUAUCUCUUCUAAUGGCAGAUCUGAAACAUACUUGAAUUUCAAAGUGGGAGAACAUUGCAUUGUAAAGCCCUUAAAGCAUAAUAUAAUAUUGUAUGUCUCCAUAGACUAUACGUCUAUAUGUCUCUGGUGUUUCGACGUAAGAUUUAGCAUGUCAGUUCGGUUGAAUUCCUAAGAAAUAUUUAUAUUUUAGAUUGAUGUGAAGGAUAUGAGUGAUGGAAAAAAAUAUACAUUUGUUUGUAACUGUUGGCUCCAAGGAAACUCCAAUGUCAAGUUUCUUACUUUAGAUUAA